CCUUUCGGAUUAUUAUCUUCCGUUUUUAUCUUUACCAUGUUUAGAGAUUACAGAGUUGUUAUCUGUCAGCCAUACUAGCUAUCUGUACCGUCCUGUGUACUUAGAAAAUCCUUACACUAUGUUACAGAUAUUUAUUCUGGUGGCAGCAACAGCCAGUGUCUAUUCUGUCACCAACCAAUGCUUCAAUUGUAACGGAGUACCGGCACAAGAGGAUUGUGACGUCUUGAUACAGUGUGGUGAAAACGAGUCCUGCUUUGUCAGAAAGUCAACGCAGUACAAUGGAAAACCACUCUUUGAGUCAGGCUGUUUCAGUAAACCAACUUGCGACACGCUUAAUCAAAUUGCUGGCCUAGGUAAACGAGAGGCGGGACUCACAAACUGUUUUGAAUGCUGCUACACCGGAAAUAGAACCCAUCCAUGCAACAACAAGUUAUGUGGAACACCUCCUUCCAGGGAAAGAAGAUGUUUUUCGUGCUCCGACGCCCUUCAUCCUGAUGAUUGUGAAACUAUUAUACCAUGUAGCGAGGAUUCUAUUUGUUAUGCAGGAAGUUACCGACAUCCGUUCAGUCACGAAAUUCGCUACAACCUUGGUUGCCAACAUAAAGAUACCUGCAGAGUUUUCCAGUCUUUAGCACAUGGUCACGUGUCAUCAUCUAGCCAUGGCGAUUCGGUUGAAACCAGUCACUGCAACGACUGUUGUGAUGAUGACUAUUGUAACAUUGGACUCUGUGGCAUUCCAAAACGAGUAAAGCCAAUUUUUACCUACAAACCGAACAACAGCACUUUACGCCCAGACCUAGAGGGCGUCAUACUGGUCUGUAAAACGGAGCCUGUGUCUAACGCAACAAUACACUGGGAGUUCAAGGGGUUAACAGGCAGUUCAGCUUUAUCCAACGGUGUGAAAGUGUCUAGUGCUCCAAACAACGUCAAUUUGACCAUUUUCCCCGCUCAUCAGGGAGACAUGGGGGAGUAUAUUUGUGUGGCAACGAAUUCAGUAGGAACCUCAACUACGUCAGCUUUCCUUCGGCCAAAAUAGACAAAGUGAACAUUUUUAAGUAGUACAACCAUUCUUCAUUUCUUCAAUCCCUUACUUCAAUUUUUUUUUGUUUUGGAAUAUUUUCGGAAUACACUAAAAUAAAAUGUUCUCAACUCGCA